GUUGAGUUUAAUCCAACACGAUAUAGUAAAUAUAUGUAUAAAUGUGUAUGAACAACUCAGUUUUUACGUGGAAACCCGAAAGGGAGAAAACCACGGGACUUUUUAGGCUAAUGUCCAAGCCCUCUCUUUCUCAUUAGGACUCUCCUCACAAUUACAUUGUACAAGCUCCCAUUAAUGGAGUAUUUGAGCUAUUCUAAAAGAAGGAGGAAGAUGAAGCUAAAGAGGAUCCUUUUCCAUGGAGGGAAACCUCCUAUUUAUAGGGAAUAGGGGGAAAGGGGGCUCUCCACCCUAACGGGCCGAAUGGGCCAAAAUGGGCCCAAAGGCCGAAACAGGCCUGAUAGGCUAAAAUGGGCCUUACUGAUUGGGCUCUGUACUACGUAAAGUCUUGGGCUCCUGAACAGUAAUAGGCCGGGAUAAUAUAUCCCAACACAAGUCCCCCAGUUUCUUGAGUAGUGAGCGUGCGAAUCUGCUCGAGAAAAUAUACUCUUGCCUGCGCUUUACCUCGGUCAAGCUGGAACCUGUGUCUUCGAAUAAUCAUAAUACAUGAGUGGAUGUCCACACUCCUGAACGUAAGCUGCCGGUGAGGCACCCCCGUUCCCGACGGGGUCGGGCGAAGGGUGCUCCUCCACGGGCACGCUCCCCCUGAAUGCAUCAGGCGAGAGUAAAGGACUCUGACUCGAGCUUUCCAACGGAGAAGCUUAGAGGUCCAUGCAUCUAUAAACCGACGUCGCGGUACUGUCAAAACAUGAUGCACAUGUGUAUGUAUGAAUGUAUGAGGUAUGAUGCAUGAAUGCAUGUAAUGUAUGGGUGCAAUGUAUGAGAGAGGGAAUGCAAGAUGUGAUAGGAGCGGUAGCUCUCAAUGAGAACUCGAGCAUGUCAGCGCCGAGAGGCAGACGUGCUGCAUAAGAGACGUUCGUCGCCAUCCUGAAAGGGAUGGGCGACCCUAACGUGAGCCAGACACGAUGGCGCUGGGGCGCUGAUCGUGCUGCAUAAGAGACGUUCGUCGCCAUCCUGAAAGGGAUGGGCGACCCUAACGUGAGCCAGACACGAUGGCGCUGGGGCGCUGAUUGUGCUGCAUAAGAGACGUUCGUCGCCAUCCUGAAAGGGAUGGGCGACCCUAACGUGAGCCAGACACGACAGCGCUGGGGCGCUGAUCGUGCUGCAUAAGAGACGUUCGUCGUCAUCCUGAAAGGGAUGGGCGACCCUAACGUGAGCCAGACACGAUGGCGCUGGGGCGCUGAUCGUGCUGCAUAAGAGACGUUCGUCGUCAUCCUGAAAGGGAUGGGCGACCCUAACGUGAGCCAGACACGAUGGCGCUGAGAAGCCGAUCGUGAUGCAUAAGACGUUCGUCGCCACCCUGGAAGGGAUGGGCGAUCCGAACGUGAAAGAGACACGAUGGCGCUGAGAAGCCGAUCGUGAUGCAUAAGACGUUCGUCGCCACCCUGGAAGGGAUGGACGAACUGAACGUGAGCUCGGUACGAUGGCGCUGAGGGGCCGAUCGUACCGCAUAAGACGGUCGUCGCCAUCCUGGAAGGAAUGGGCGAGCCGAACCGUGAAGCCAGGUACGUUGGCGCUGAGGGGCCGAUCGCACUGCAUAAGACGUUCGUCGCCAUCCUGGAGGGAAUGGGGCGAUCCGAACGUGAAAGAGACACGAUGGCGCUGAGAAGCCGAUCGUGCUGCAUAAGACGGUCGUCGCCAUCCUGGAGGGAAUGGGCGAGCCGAACCGUGAAGCCAAGUACGAUGGCGCCGAGGGGCCGAUCGCACUGCAUAAGACGUUCGUCGCCAUCCUGGAGGGAAUGGGGCGAUCCGAACGUGAAAGAGACACGAUGGCGCUGAGAAGCCGAUCGUGCUGCAUAAGACGGUCGUCGCCAUCCUGGAGGGAAUGGGCGAGCCGAACCGUGAAGCCAAGUACGAUGGCGCCGAGGGGCCGAUCGCACUGCAUAAGACGUUCGUCGCCAUCCUGGAGGGAAUGGGGCGAUCCGAACGUGAAAGAGACACGAUGGCGCUGAGAAGCCGAUCAUGCUGCAUAAGACGGUCAUCGCCAUCCUGGAGGGAAUGGGCGAGCCGAACCGUGAAACCAAGUACGAUGGCGCCGAGGGGCCGAUCGCACUGCAUAAGACGUUCGUCGCCAUCCUGGAGGGAAUGGGGCGAUCCGAACGUGAAAGAGACACGAUGGCGCUGAGAAGCCGAUCGUGAUGCAUAAGACGUUCGUCGCCACCCUGGAAGGGAUGGACGAACUGAACGUGAGCUCGGUACGAUGGCGCUGAGGGGCCGAUCGUACCGCAUAAGACGGUCGUCGCCAUCCUGGAAGGAAUGGGCGAGCCGAACCGUGAAGCCAGGUACGAUGGCGCUGAGGGGCCGAUCGCACUGCAUAAGACGUUCGUCGCCAUCCUGGAGGGAAUGGGGCGAUCCGAACGUGAAAGAGACACGAUGGCGCUGAGAAGCCGAUCGUGCUGCAUAAGACGGUCGUCGCCAUCCUGGAGGGAAUGGGCGAGCCGAACCGUGAAGCCAAGUACGAUGGCGCCGAGGGGCCGAUCGCACUGCAUAAGACGUUCGUCGCCAUCCUGGAGGGAAUGGGGCGAUCCGAACGUGAAAGAGACACGAUGGCGCUGAGAAGCCGAUCGUGCUGCAUAAGACGUUCGUCGCCAUCCUGGAGGGAAUGGGGCGAUCCGAACGUGAAAGAGACACGAUGGCGCUGAGAAACCGAUCGUCUAUCAGGACUUCAUCCUGGGAGGAAGGGUGGACCUGGGCGUCGUCCAAUGCAAAAGAAAACCUGAUGUUAGCCGAUCGUCGUCGGCCACUUCAUUCUUCGUACUUAAGUCUUGUAAUUAUUCUUUACAUAUGUUUUUCAGUUUGUACUUCACAGCCAAUAGUGCCAAGGGAUAAAAUCAUUCUUUGCUCCGUGCUCUUCUGGCAUCUUUUUUUUUUUUUUUUUUUUUUUUUUUUUUUUUGGAGUCUUUUAGUCUUCGUUCGUCAUUGGUCCUUGGUCCUACCGGCGUUCUUACAUCGAAGAUACGUUCGGUAUCCGCGGACAUCGCAAUGAGGAACAGGUAUAUCUACAUCGAGAUUCCCCCUUUUUCGUUCGUCCCUGGUCCUUUUAGUCUUACCGGCGUCUCUUGCAUCGAAGAAGACGUUCGGUACCCAAGGAACUCGCAGGGACGAACUGGUUUACCCUCACGGGUUCCCGUCUUUGUUAUCCCACGUCCAUCGAUCCAUGGUCAUUGUGGGAUGAACAGGUUUAUCUUGGCAGGCUCCCUUGGUUCGUCUAGCCCCCUCCACGUCUCUACUAACCUCUACAUCGAGAGGCGUUCGCCUUCGGCGGUGGGGGAAGAUCUGGCACACCCGGGCAAGAUUCCCUUCCGUAUAGGAGCUACCCUCCUCUUCUCCCUAUCUCUUUUUUUUUUUUUUUUUUUUUUUUUUUUUUUUUAGGGAGGUAAUCUAUGGUUUUCGUUCGUCCUUGGUCCUUGGUCCUACCGGCGUCCCUACUUCGAGGAGACGUUCGGCAUCCGCAGACAUCACAAGGAGGAACAGGUGUAUCUGCAUCGAGAUUCCCUGGUGCUUCGUUCGUCCUUGGUCCUUGGUCCUACCGGCGUCCCUACGUCGAGGAGACGUUCGGUAUCCGCAGACAUCACAAGGAGGAACAGGUGUAUCUGCAUCGAGAUUCCCUGGUGCUUCGUUCGUCCUUGGUCCUUGGUCCUACCGGCGUCCCUACGUCGAGGAGACGUUCGGUAUCCGCAGACAUCACAAGGAGGAACAGGUGUAUCUGCAUCGAGAUUCCCUGGUGCUUCGUUCGUCCGUCCCCGGUCCGUGGUCCUACCGAUCUUCCUACAUCGAAGAAGACAUUCGGUAUCCAAGAAACUCGCAGGGAUCACGGGAUGUCACACAUAAUGGUGGUGGCAUACCAAAACGAAUAAAAUGACGAGGCGACGGAAUAGCUGGUCGUCAUGCGAAGGCGAUGGUCACCCUCCUGGAGGGGAGGAGUGAGCCCGAUCGCUGACUCAAGAAGGUCGGCAUUGGGAGCCGGUAUACAAUGAUCAUAAUAUCGCUGAGCAGUCGGUCCUGAUAACGGAGAUGGCAAUAGUGUCCAGUCAGGCCGAUAUAUCCGAGCAACGGCUCUCAUCCAACGCAGCGCGGGGAUGAAACCGGUCUUCAAAAGGUAAAUAUGUCGUGCCGAGAGGCCGAACAUAACAUGAUAGUGUCGGCAGUGAGAGGCCGACCUGAAAGAAUCAAACAACGGUCCUCAUCCGCGAGGUGGCGGGGACGAGGCCGGUCUUCAAAAGAUAAGCAUGCCGAGCCGAGAGGCCGGUCGUGGUAUAAUGGUGUCGGCAAUGAGCGGCCGAUCAUGAUGUGAUAGUGUCGGCACUGAGGGGCCGACCUGCAAUCCAGCAACGGCUCUCAUCCGCACAGUGCGGGGAUGAGGCCGGUCUUCAAAAGAUAAACACGCCGAGCCGAGAGGCCGGUCAUGAUAUAAUGAUGUCGGCACGGGAGACCGAUCUGAAAUCAAGCAACGGUCCUCAUCCGCGCAUCGCGGGGACGAGGCCGGUCUUCAAAUAAGAUAAUCACGCCGUGCCGAGAGGCCGGUCGUGAUAUAAUGAUGUCGGCAAUGAGAGGCCGACCUGACUGAACCAAGCAGCGGUCCUCGUCCGCGCGGUGUGGGGACGAGGCCGGUCUUCAAAAGAUGAACACGCCGAGCCGAGGGGCCGGUCGUGGUAUGAUAAUGUCGGCAAUGAGAUGCCAAUCAAGAUAUGGUCAAGCAACGGUCCUCGUCCGCGAGGUGGCGGGGACGAGGCCGGUCUUCGAAUAUGAUAAUCACGCCGGUCCGAGAGGCCGGUCGCGAUGUAAUGAUGUCGGCAAUGAGAGGCCGACCUGAAAAAACCAAGCAACGGUCCUCAUCCGCGCAGUGCGGGGACGAGGCCGGUCUUCAAAUAAGAUAAUCACGCCGUGCCGAGAGGCCGGUCGUGACAUAAUGAUGUCGGCAAUGAGAGGCCGAUCAAGUGUACCCAUGCAAUGGCUCUCAUCCGCGCAGCGCGGGGAUGAUACCGGUCUUCAGAAGAUGAUAAUCACGCCGUGCCGAGAGGCCGGUCGUGAUAUGAUUGUGUCAGUUGGACCUCGGCCGCGGUGGUCUCCUCUAGGCCUUCGGCCUCUGAAUGAUGGAUGAUCGUCUCACGGUUCUUCGUCGUGGCAGUUCCCUCUAGACCCUUGGCCUCUAGGUGUUCUUCCUAGGCCAUCGGUCUCUGAGGUGGAGAUGUUCGUCUCUCGGCUCUCAGCCGUGAUGGUCUCCUCUUUAGCUGGCCCUGAACGUCUUCAAGACUCGGGCCGAGCGUCUUUUAAUCAUUUCGCUCGAGCGCGUCGAGCAGCUUCAGCUGCGCAAUAAGCAUGAUAACGGGCCGCACGGCCCGACAGUAUAUAUACAUAGCCAUCUGCGUGGCUUUCUCUCUAACACCUACGAUUACCGGCCUAUGGGUUAUCGUGACCCUCGGCCCGGCUCAUCGUGCGGGGUUAAUGGACGUAGCAGCUCGCGGCGGGGCCAAUUAGCAGCCCGCCGAACGUCACAUAGAGAUAUUCACCGGUCUGUGAGUUUUCAACUCAGACCCAAGUUAGUCGCACUGCCCUCGGAAAAACGAGGUUGAGUGCUUUGGUUCCCUCGGGCCCCAUAGGCCACGUUUGGCAAUAGUCACUUCGCGCCUAAUGGCGUAGAUUACAUUGGGGUAUGAUCGUCGAUCGGGCACGUAGUGCCGUUCGGACUAAUGCGCAACCCUCCAAUUAAAAUGCGUCGUCGGGGCAUCGCCCUUCCAGAGACGCUCGGAUCACUUAAUCAAGCUGAUCGAGAGUGGGCCAACGGCCCCACAAACAAUUAAACAUUUAAUAAAAUGUUGGCCGAACUAACUAUCACUAGAGCUUCGCUCCGCAUCAUUUAAUUCGGGACAUUUUUAUCCCUAAUAAAUAAUAGUGAUGUACGGGUAGUAAUAAUAGUAUUAUCCUACCAAAGGCCAUUCAGAUAUGCUCCGUUCGCUAAUUAAAGCCGAUCAGGAGCGGGCCGACGGGCCCACAACAACCAGUCAUUAAUUAAAAUGAUGGUUAAAAAUGAUUAUCACUAGAGUUUUUCCCAUCUGAGCUUUACUCGACAUUAUUUAAUUUCGGGAUACUUGCCCCCUAUUAAAUAAUGGUGAUAAAAACUAGCAAUAGUAAUCAAGCUUCAUUAUUAAUACUUAGAUAAUAAAAGAGGGGUACGUAUGAUAACUUAGCUCUUUUGAGAUGGGUGAAAUAAUUGGCUCAUCUACGAAUUGGAGCCUUGCUCCUCGAGCAGCUUGGCCAAAGUUAUAGCAGCUGGCACAAGUCAUCAUCAACCGUUGACUUCCGAAGUCAUGCAAGGUGCUCCACCCAAUUUUACUGCAAUCUCAUUUGGGUCCUUCGGAUGUGGUUGACUCUCAACCAAACAAAAAGAAUCUUUCCAAGAGGCAGAUGGAAACAACCCCUCCCCAACCCCAACAGGCAGUACAUCCGCUUAGGGACGGAAGUAAACUGCAGCGGAGCAAAGGGUCCCCGGCGAGGCCAGUCCUCUGGAGCAAGACAUGCUGAAAUUUGUUAAGGCCUCUUGGUGGGACGGCGAAAACGAGCGGCGUAGGUGGCGAUUCAGGUCGUAGAACCAGCUGCCAGCGAUGAGCGCCCGUUUGCAGACGGAGCUUCCCUAGAGGCGAGGAUGACCCGACCUGGGGUGCUGCCGCGAGCUUCGUCUGGUGUGGGUAAAUCCACUGGGGAUUUCACGGCGGCGGGUACGGUGGAUCCGGCAGCCCCAAACAAGAUCUGAGAAAAUCCAUAUGUGGAUUCCGAGAUUUCGUAGCUUCUUUGCCUCCCAAAAUUUUUCUUCUUUCUUUCUCCCUUCCUCCUCGGUCAGUUGGGCAGGUGCUGCUAGAGCUUCCCAAGACCAAAAUUUCAGAACUUCUUCUUCCUUUGCUAAAAUCAGUCCAUUUUCGAAUGAAUUUUGUUGUAGAAACUGAAGAACAACGUGAAUCUUUUUGGACAGAUUCCCACAGACGGCGCCAGUGUUGAGUUUAAUCCAACACGAUAUAGUAAAUAUAUGUAUAAAUGUGUAUGAACAACUCAGUUUUUACGUGGAAACCCGAAAGGGAGAAAACCACGGGACUUUUUAGGCUAAUGUCCAAGCCCUCUCUUUCUCAUUAGGACUCUCCUCACAAUUACAUUGUACAAGCUCCCAUUAAUGGAGUAUUUGAGCUAUUCUAAAAGAAGGAGGAAGAUGAAGCUAAAGAGGAUCCUUUUCCAUGGAGGGAAACCUCCUAUUUAUAGGGAAUAGGGGGAAAGGGGGCUCUCCACCCUAACGGGCCGAAUGGGCCAAAAUGGGCCCAAAGGCCGAAACAGGCCUGAUAGGCUAAAAUGGGCCUUACUGAUUGGGCUCUGUACUACGUAAAGUCUUGGGCUCCUGAACAGUAAUAGGCCGGGAUAAUAUAUCCCAACAAUAAUAUAUACUUAAUUUUUUUCCUUGCACGGCUGAGGCCUCCUCCAGCCCCUUCAUGUGUCCAUCCCUGAACGGUGAUGUAGCGGUGGAAAAUAAGUUUGCAUGAUCGAGCAAUCUAUAUAUCGGGUUUACAAGAGUCAAGUUCCCUUGUGUACAUCUGUCAUCUCUAGUAUAUGCUGACUUGGCUUUGUCUAUAGGUGUAUUGCAUAUUUGCAUGUAAGACCCCUCCAAAGUAUUAUAUUGCAACCAACAUAAUGGGUAUGGCCGUAUGGCUCGCCAUGGAUUCAAAUUUGGUGAGAAGAUCAUUCAUCCAUAGGGGUUGUCGGGUUGAAAACUUGAACCCCCACACGGAAUUGGUUCUGACACAAGGCUUGGAUCAAUCGACAGUCUAAUCGCUCGGAGGAGAGAUACACAGAUCCAGAUAAUUCCAUUGUAGAGCAGAGCAAUCGAUGCUUCUUCCUUGCUCCGGGUAUCUGCUUUGAAUUCCCAGCCUUCUUUGUUGGUUGCAAGGUCCGGUCAUGGCCUUUGUUGAACUCCUCAAAAUUGUUCGGGCGAAAGAGAUGAAGGGGCGAAGGAGAUGAAGUGCGAAGGAGUAGGAGAUAAAAAACGACGGGGAAUGGGAUGGGCGCACCUUCUAUCCUCUGUUUUAAUCCCAAAACGGCACCGUAUAGGGAUGGGCAUACCGUGCGCACGAUAUGCCGAUCCCACGGUAUAAUUUGCGCUUUAUCCCAAGUACGGAGUAGAAUUUAUCGAAUCAUAGGAUGUUGGGUUUUUCUUUGUUUUUGACCCAUGAGGAAAGCCCGAGUUUUGAGCCCAUUAAAAGUCUUCUUUGACUUUCUUUUUUGGGAGCUAAUAAUAAAAAUAUGGGUCAGCCACUAUCUCACAUUCGAUGGACAGAAAAGAGCAGCAGAAAAGAGAACAAGUCACAAAAUAUGAGCUGAAAUGCUCAUCCCGUUUUUCAGCAGGCAGCAGCAGAAAAAUUCUGUUUCCCAGAGAUUGAACCGUUGGAUCGUCGUGAUUUAUGGACAGCAGCGUCACAGCAUCUGGGCCAACAUUCUGGACGGUGGAGAUCGGGUUUUGAGGUCCGGAGGUCGGGUUUCGUGGGUCUGGACAGUAGCUAUUUUUCUGGUGAUAUAUUUCUUAUCUUGGCUCUAUUUUGAUUCCAAACACCUUGAUGUGCUUACUUCCAAGGAUAUGAUGACUUUGUAUGCCUCUAGUAUUAUCUAGAGAAGACUUUGUACUGCUCCUUUGAUUAUGAUAGUGGAUUUAAGCGGCCAAAAUGGUCUCGUGGUUUUUUCCUAGUUAACGGGUUUUCCACGCUAAAAUUCUGGUGUUUUUGUGUGGUGUGUGCUUACUGUUUUAGUUGAUUAUAUUGGUGUGUGGCAGCAAUUUUGUGUGUGUUCUAAUUUCAUUAAGAACACCCUAUUUGUUUGCAUCCUCAAAGGUUCAUUCAAGUUGGGGAAAUUUUAGCCAAACGAGGAUUAAUUCCACAUUUUAUUAGUUACCGUUUGGGGCUGUUUUUCCCAUCAAAUUGGUAUCAGAGCCGAGUUCUUCUGUAUCGAGUUAAACUUGUUUGAAUGAUGGAAGCAAACACAAGUAGGAUGAUCAAUUUGAAUGGUUCUAAUUAUCAUGUUUGGAAAGGCAAAAUGGAAGACCUACUUUAUGUGAAGGAUUAUUAUUUGCCUGUGUUUACUACUGAUAAACCUGAGAGUAAAACAGAUGCAGAAUGGAAUAUUUUGCAUAGACAGGUUUGUGGGUAUAUUCGCCAAUGGGUUGAUGAUAAUGUUUUGAACCAUAUUAGCAGGGAAACUCAUGCUCGCAGUUUGUGGAACAAGCAUGAACAGUUGUAUGCUCGAAAGACCGAGAACAAUAAAUUGUUCUUAAUAAAACAGAUGAUGAGCUUGAAAUACCAUGAUGGAACUCCUGUCACUGAUCAUUUGAAUUCUUUUCAGGGAAUCAUAAAUCAACUUGCAGGAAUGUGUAUCAAGUUUGAAGAUGAGAUACAAGGCUUGUGGCUCCUUGGCACUUUACCGGACUCAUGGGAGACUUUUAGGACAUCAUUGUCCAACUCUGAACCAGAUGGUAUUAUCACCAUGGAAUUAGCUAAAGGCAAUGUUUUAAAUGAAGAGAUGAGAAGAAAGUCACAAGGUUCCUCUUCACAUUAUGAUGUCUUAGUUACAGAAAGCAGGGGAGAAGUCAGAGUAGAGGUCCAGGUAACAAAGGGAAGCAUCGAAGUAAAUCCAAAGGAAAAUUUGCUGUUUUUGAGUGCUAUCAUUGUGGUAGAAAAGGCCACACAAUACGGUUCUGCAGGCAAUUGAAAAGGAGAAGAAGAAGAGCGAAUACAACAAUCAAAAGAACCAUAAGAAAGAUGAGGGUGGUAAUGGCAAUGCUGAAGUUAACACUACUACCGAUGAGUUCCUUAUUUGUUCUGAUCUUGAUAUGGUCAACAUUGCACAUGAUGAUUCCAGUUGGGUUGUUGAUAGUGGUGCCACUUGUCAUGUAACAUCACAGUGGGAUUUUUAUUCAUCUUACACUCCAGGUAACUUUGGUAAUGUUAGGAUGGGUAAUAAUGGACUAUCAAAAAUUGCAGGCAUCGGAGAUAUUUGUUUGAAGUUUGAUACUGGGAUAGAGUUAUGUUGGUUUUACAUAAUGUAAAACAUGUUCCAGAUACGAGACUUAAUUUGAUCUCCACAGGCUUACUCGAUGAUGAUGGUUACAGCAACAACUUUGGUAAUGGAAUAUGGAAACUCACUCGUGGUUCUUUGAUCGUGGCUAAAGGUAAAAGAUGCUCAAAGUUGUACAUGACACAUCCGAAGAUCUUCAAGGAUAGGGUCAAUGUUGUGGUGAAUACUGACAUGACUGAUUUAUGGCAUAAGAGACUUGGUCACAUGAGUGAAAAGGGGGUGACUGAUUUAUGACAUAAGAGACUUGGUCACACUGACUUAUGACUGAUUCAUAGAAACAUAGAUAAACCAGCAGAAGAAGCAACAAUCCAAUAAAAAGUAAAGCUAUGGAGGCGACAAAAGAACAAGUUCAUUUGCUUGGCAAUCUCUAAGGUCAUAGUCAUAUUCUGCAGCCUCCCUAGCUCCUCCAGUUUCUUCCUUGGUUCGAGCAAUGACUAUCACGAAAACCAUUGCACCUGAAUGUCCGGAGGCCAGGAGGCACGGGAGAAAAGUCUCAGGCAUGGAAGGACUCAAGCCAUAACAACACCAAGCACCCAAACCCAGCGGGACGGCGCAUAGUAUACCCAAUGCCGUACUCAGAAAAUACAUAUUCUUCGCCAUCUUCUCAAUAACCUCUCGAGUCUCACUGACCAGCGCGGAAUCAUCUCGGUCAAAGGUGGGCCCAUUGAUCUCCGGGUGCUUGGACUCAUCGCCGGUUUGACUUUUUUCACUGCCGCCGCUUGGCUGCUCUGAAGAGCUUGAGAACACGACCCUUUGGCCGUUCGUUGAGAUCAGAGCAUUUGGCUUGCAGAAGAAACAUGCUGCUAGAGUUUCGGCAAGGUAGGGUUAGGGAAUGAGAGCUAAAUUGGGCACCAAAUCUGGGAAGCGUAUACAGUACAACCAGCUGUACGGUGUCAUCCGUACAGUCGGUGGCAUUUUUGCAAUUUUGAUGAAAAACAGAGCUUCUUUUGAAUGAGCAUUAGCGCAAUUUUGUUGAGCACCAAGUCUGUUCUUUUGAGUAUUAGGAGCCUAACGGUGAGCAUCAGUGAUGUCUGCUUCAUACCUUAUACAUCACUUUAUGUUUAUUAUUUUUCGUUUAUUAAAAAGUCUUAAGUUAUGUCUAUAAUCAAUUUCAAUUACUUUUAAUAUGUGAAUCUAAUGCAAUAUGAUAUGUUUGAAAUGUGCAACCUUUUAAAAUGAGCAUAAAGCAGUACUACAUGAACACACAUAACUUACAAA